UUAUAUUGAUGGAUCUUUUAGUAUUUCACAUCGAUGAAUCCUAAUAAGUACUGGAAUCAGCCAAACCCUCAUCUCACACAGCUUGGAUACCGAACGAAAUAACACAAAAUACAAAAGUGAUACUUAAUACUUAGAUGUGGUGAUAUUCUUUAGAAAGCUUUUGACAGUCUAGCUACUGUCUGCAGAUAUUCAUAUUGUACGUUUGUGAUUAUUUUUAGUUCAUAUACCUCAUCAAUUGUAUUUGUAUACCGAUCGGUAUGUUUAAGAAACAGUAGACUGUACUCUACAAAGAGUUCAAACAAUGUAUAAUUUAACAUUAAAAUCCCAGCUGUUUCAAACACUUCAAGGUAUCCAAAGAAAAAACAAACAACAGUACUGCAUGCAUGUCCUAUAUAUAUAGCCAGCUAAAGGAUCCGACUUCUUCAAACCAGCAUAAACCAAAGCAGGAAGAAGAAAGAAGAUGAAAAACAAGAUUUAUUCAGGUGCUUUUCUCUUCAUCUUGAUCAUCCUUGCUACGAACUGGUUGAGCAUUGACGCUCAAAAAUGCAAACCUAGUGGCAAGCUUAGGGGGAAAAAGCCUCCUCGAGGACAAUGUAACAAAGGGAAUGACUCCGAGUGCUGCAAAAAUGGUCAGCUUUACCCCAUCUUCAAGUGCUCGCCGCAGGUGUCUAAGCAUACGAAAGCAACCUUGACCAUCAACAGCUUUCAAAAGGGUGGUGAUGGCGGCGGUCCAUCAGCAUGUGACAAUAAGUACCACUCGGAUAAUACCCCUAUUGUGGCAUUGUCAACGGGGUGGUUCGACAAAAGGAGACGGUGUUUCGGCCACAUUACCAUCCAUGGUAAUGGAAGGAGCGUCAAAGCGAUGGUUGUCGACGAGUGUGACUCCACCAUGGGAUGUGAUGCCGAGCACGAUUACCAGCCUCCGUGUCCUAACAAUAUUGUUGAUGCCUCUAAAGCUGUUUGGAAGGCCUUGGGGGUGUCAGAAAGUGACCCCAGGCGGGGUUUUAUGGAUAUAUUCUGGUCUGAUGCCUAAGUGAGUGGUUUCCUCCAUUUUCCAAUAAAAAUUAGUGUCAAAGCUAGGUUCAAUGCUUUUGUUGGGCUAGCUCAUGCCUCAUAGUGCUACUGUGUUAAAGAGUGUGAAGCUCUACAAAAUGUUGUACUAUGUUAUUCUCUCUUAUUUCUUCUUUCCUAUUUCCAAGUUGUUGGUGGAUAAAGUUACUUGAAUUAGUGAAAUGAGUAAUGUUUUUUUCUGUCAUAUAUUUGCUAUGUCGUUUUUUCAAUAGUGUGAAUGAUAUGUUAUGUUGUUAAGCUGUCAAUUCAGUAGAUACCAAAUUAGGUUGCCCAUUGUGUAGCUUCCGAACU